UAUUUUAUUGAUUACAAUAUGGUUAAGGAUGCCAGGUACCCAGAUUUUGGUAACCGACGAAGUUCGGUAGAAUAUCGAUUUGAUGAUAUCUUUAUAGAGUUUUCUUAAUUAAUGUUCGAAAUUCAAAUUGUCCGCACAAAACUCAAAUGGUAAACGACUCCAUGUUGGUUACCACGAAAUUCAAAUUGUACUAGGUUACAGCAGGUACGAAUACCAAUAACUCAAUUGAUUUGAUCGAAUGAUGAUUCUUGAAAUGUUCUUUUGCGUAAGUGAUGUAUAAAGCAUCCAAAACCUUUUAAUACAGGAGUGUACGUGAAAUGGAACACUAAAUUUGGAUAAAUAUCAGAACUAAAAAUCACUUUUGUUUAGAGAGAAAAGCGGCGUCAUCAGCAGCAAUAGCUACGACACUUAAGUUUUAAAUACUAGUGUUUUUACUCAUAGAGGUCCAUCUUUUUAUUUGACUUCUCUGUAUAGUGCACAUAUAAAAAGAUUUAUGAGUAGACUCGCCAAUACUUUUAAGAUUAUGGAAGCUCAUCCGCGUAGAAUCUUUUAUUCCAAGUUUUUUUAUAUCAUUUCAGGAAUGACAGAUGGAAUUAAUCAAACAUUUUCAAGGCUUAGUCUUAAUGAACAACCAUCAAUACCAACAUUACAUCGACGAUCAAUACAUAUUGUUGAAGUGAUUAUGCCAACAGAGCACCAGCCACCAGCUGCUGAUCAGGACAAUCAGUCUACCGAGUAA